UGCGUGUGUGCGUAUGUAUACGAAUCUGUGUAUCGAGUGUGUGUCUACGGCUUUUCCAUUAGUUUCGCAGGAUCGGCGUCCGUCUGUUGUAGGCACUGUGAAGAUGUUCAGGUAAGCGUGUCCCCCCCGGCUACACGCAAAAACGAAGAGCCCUCCUUCUCCCCCGUAGCGCGUCGACAGAUCAACACACACACACACACGCAAGCACGUUCAGUCUCAAGAGCACACAAAGCGCACACACAACAAUCAAAAAGCAAAACACGCCAGCCUGCCCGGAGAUGAGAAACAAUGUCAAGCGCCGGAGGGCGAGCAGCGGCGGCGGCGGCCUCACCACUCAAACACUGCUCGAUUUUGAUUUGGGCGAAUCGUCGUCGGAUUCGGACUUCCGGAUCGAGGACCACGAUGAGAGCGACGACUGUUCACUCGGCUCGAAGGACGACGGCGACGACGACGGGGACGAUGACGACGACGAUGAGGAUGAGGACGACGACGACGACGACGAGAGCGGCGACGACAGCGGCGACGACAGUGAGGAUAAUGGGGAGGCCGGCGCCGGCAGCAAUCCACUGUUGCAGCUGCUGCACGGCGCCCAGAACGGUGGCGGCAACGAGGAGGAGGAGGACGAGAGUACGACCGAGGGCGGCGUCGGCGGGCAGGCGAAGGCACGACCCCCGGCCCCGGCAGCGAAGCAGACGAGCGAGCGGGACGCCGCGCUUCAGAAGCUGCUGAUGAAGUCGAUUUGCUGCGCGUGCCUGGGCGACCGGAGCGACGACCAGAACGAGAUCGUCGAAUGCGACGGGUGCGGCGUGACGGUACACGAGGGCUGCUACGGGGUGAGCGAGUGCACCAGCGUGACCAGCACGAUCUCCUCCUGCUCGACCGAGCCGUGGUUCUGCGACGCGUGCAAGGCGGGCGUGGAAAACCCGGACUGCGAGCUGUGCCCGAACAAGGGCGGUAUCUUCAAGGAGACGGACGUCGGCCGGUGGGUGCACCUGGUGUGCGCGCUGUACGUGCCGGGCGUCGCGUUCGGCGAGGUCGACCAGCUGUCGUCGGUGACGCUGUUCGAGAUGCCGUACAACAAGUGGGGCGCGAAGACGUGCUGCCUGUGCGAGGACGCGCAGCUCGCCCGGACCGGCGUCUGCAUCGGGUGCGACGCGGGCAUGUGCAAGACGUACUUCCACGUGACCUGCGCCCAGUACUACGGGCUGCUGUCCGAGGCGCACUCGGAGGAGGCGGACCAGGCCGACCCGUUCUACGCGCACUGCAAGAUCCACUCGGACAAGUCGCUGAUCAAGCAUCGGAAGCGCAACUACAACACGAUCCGGAUGCGGGCGGUCCAGCGGCAGGUGGAGGAGGAGGGCCGCCGGCAGCUGAAACCGACCGCCGAGCAGGUGCGGAUCGAGCGCAAGCUGACCAAGCACCGGCGCCGGUACGUCGCGAACAAGGAGACGAAGAACCCGCCCUGGGUGCCGACGCAGAAGAUGCCCCGGCUGCUCAUCACCAGUGCGACCGCGUGCAAGAAGCUGCUCUACAAGGCGGAGCUGAUGGGGCUGGACCGGGCGGCGAUCGAGUUUCAGGAGGCGCAGGUGGCCUCGCUCGCGGACGUGCGCAAGAAGUGGCACAUACCGCCCGCGUUCAGCGUCGAGUUCAUCGGCUACUACCUGGACCGGGCGCUCCGGCUCGAGGACAUGAAGAAGAACCUGCAGGAGCAGAUGGCGCUCAACCAGCGGCUGCUCGGGAAGCAGCAGCACCUGCGCAACCGGUACGACCAGGCGGUCGCCCAGAGCCAGGCCGCGCAGAAGGCGAACGAUGCGGUGCGGGCAAGCAUCGCCCGGCUGUACGAGCACAUUGGCGCCCUCUGCCCGAGCAAAGCGCUCGUGCCGGUGGAGCAGAUCGGCAAACCGCCGGCGCCGGUGCCAGCAGCGAUGGCAGCAGCAACGGCACCCCCACCACCUCCACCACCACCAAUAGCGCAACCAGCACAACAACCAGUGCCUCCUCCUGAAGCAGCAACUGCGGCAGCUGCGGCACCACCGGCACCACCGCCACCGUACGUGAAGCCGCACCAAAGCGUGGUAAUUAAUACGGGGCCGCUCGGGGCGACGCCGCCCGCCCGCACCAUGUCCGUGCCGACGGCGGCCGCCCUCAAGAUGGGGGUCGGUUUCCCGCUCCAGAAUCUCAUGGUGCCGGGCAAGCGGGACGACACCGGGCGCAUACUCAGCACGCAGUGCAAGCAGAACAGCGAGGAGCUGCUGAACGAGUGCGGCAUCUGCAAGCGGUGCCACGAUCAGCACCUGCUCGCCAAGUGCGACACCUGCCACCUGCACUACCAUCUCGGCUGCCUCAAUCCGCCCCUGACGCGCCAUCCGAAAAAGUCCAAGCUGUACGGCUGGCAGUGCUCGGAGUGCGACCAGUCGGACGACUCCAACCCGGAAAGCAUCAUCAUACCGAAGGCGCCGCGCAAGUCGCGCACCCGCUACUCGAAGGACGGCACCAUCGUGCCGUACGACUACGCCUUCCCGCCCGACACCCAGCCGCAGGCGGUCGAGGCGGUGGGACGCCGGGCGAGCCGGGCCGGGCCGGCGGCCGUCGAGGUGAAGGAUGAGCCGGUGGCGGAAAGUACAAACGAGGCGGUCGAUCCGUCGCCGGUCAAGACGCCCGGCAAGCGGGGCCGGAAGAAAAAGUCCCUCGAGGGCGUCGCGGUUGGCGAGACGACGACUGCGGCGACGAACAUGACCACCGCUGUACAGUCCAAAGAGGUGAAGCAGCAGAAGAAGAAGAGCGAUCCCAAUCUUCCGGAUGGAAAGGACGUAGCGGACGAGGAACUAGGGGAGGAAGAGGAGGAGGAGGAGGCGCGACAAAGUGACGAGCACAGCGGUAAGCACUCGCUGCUCAACACAACCCCCUCCGAGCUGGACACGUCGGACGAGCAGCGAGCCUCGGAAGGCGGGAACAGCAAGAUGGCGAAGGUUGAGUCAACCACGCACCAUCACCACCACCAUCACCACCAGCACCACCAUCCGGGGCCACCGCCUGCACCGACGGCCGGCUCGUCCGAGGCAACGGCGGCGCACACAAACGCCCAACCGCCCGCCCCGGAAGGUUCCUCGGAAGCACUAGCAGCAGACGGCGGGUGCGAUGGUGGUGGUAGAGAGCCGCCCGGAGCGAUGGGAGGACUGCCGGCGUCGGUGGAGGACGGUGCCGCCACCAGCACGCACCACAAGCACAGCAAGCGGCGAAAGGAAAAGCACCGGAACCGGUCGCCGAACGCGGACCGCCCCAUCUCGAAGGACCACAAGCGGAAGCGGAAGCGAAAGAACCACGACUACGAAACGGUCGACCAGACCGAGCUCGCCGAAUAUCCGCUGCCGGAGUACGGUGACAGUCGGCCGAGGAUUAAAAUUAAGAUCAAAUCGGUGCUGGACGGUUCCAACACGCACACAACGCAGAUAUACUACGUGCGAACGGAACCGCAGGAGGAAGAACCGACCGAGCCGCAGCUUACGUCCGGUGCCGCCGACAGCUCAUCGCAAGCGGGUCCGCUGAUGAGCCAUCCACUGCUGCCGCAGUUGCAACCGGCGGCCCAAUUUAACGGCAGCACGGAGCCAACCACCAUCACGCAGGGCCGGGCCCGGGUGAAGCGGGACGUCGGCAGCCGGCACAACGCGUCCAGCACCACCUCGAUCGGUUCGUCCGUUGGCAGCAGCGGCAGCGACGAAUGCAUCUGCGACGUCUGCCAGGGUGUGGGCACGUCCGCCAACAUUGUGCAGUGCGAUGAGUGUCAGAAAAGCUAUCACUUCGGCUGCCUGGAACCACCGCUGAAGAAGACGCCCAAACGGCGCGGCUACUCCUGGCACUGUGCCGAUUGCGACCCAACGGAUGUGGAAAACUGAACGCCGCUCGAGAAAGCUUGCACAUUAUCUAUUCGGCGAGAGGGGCAUGCCUGGACUUCAAGGACGGUUUCUAUUUUACGGGUCGCUUUAAACAUGCCAUCCAUGGAAUUUUGGUUCACUUCUUCGCUUUAAAGCAUUAACAGUCGGAAACGUAGCGUAGCGCGUUCUUUUCUCUAUAUUUUUUUUUGUACGUGACAUACACAGCUCACAGCAUUGGAAGGAAACCCCUCCAUUUUUACUUCUUCUUUUGACUAACCAUGAUCUCAUUGAAAGUAUGAUGAACAACACGCUUAGACGCUUCAAACAAAACAAAACAAAAAUAAACAGCAUGCUCGUUAAUUUGUUGUGCUAGGUUCAACUGCGGUAAAAUCGAAUUGCAGCGAAACAUUUACGAAUAAAAAAAACAAAUUCAUUCGACCGAACGCAGAAACACACAUCGAUGCGCUGAAUGGUACGAUGCAAAUCCCCUAAUGGAAGCACGGCUGGCCUACAUUGCGUGACACACCACAUCACGUCCCUUUUUUGCAGUAUGGAAUUUGAUUUAAGAAGAAUUGUAAUAUUAAAGCGUCUCAUUGCCGAAAUAAAUGUCAGUCAGUUAAACUCAA